UUUUUAUGGGGCUUAGUCUUAUUACUGGUGGGCAGUACAUUCCUCUUGAACAUGCCGAUUGUCUUCCACGGGUGAGUAAAACAUUGAACUAGUUGCCUGAUUUAUAUGUAGAAAAUGUGCCACUUCGUUAAAAACAUAAUAGGCAGUGCAAAUGCAGUCUUGAAAAAAAUUCUUGCAGAGGUUGAACGUUCCUGAAAAAUCCUGCAGAGACAAACCAUAGUUAUAUAAUGAUGGUGAAGGCUGUCAAGACUGAAAAUGAAAUGUCUGAAUGCAGUGUUUUAAAUUUUGGUGUAUUGAAGAACGUUUUUGGACUUUUAUGCGCCACUAUACAAGCAGUUUCGCGUUUGUUGUCAAUUUAAUUUCACUGUUUCAGUUUACAGUCGAGAUUUAAUUGAGCUUGGAAUUGAGUGUGCACGCUUCACGAAACAUUAGGGUAUAUACACGCUUUUUAGUGCAAAGAUGCUUUGCACUAUUGUUAAUAAUGCCUCAGGCUCUGUGAUUACCGUGAAUAUUCACCUCGACUUCGUCUCGGUGAAUAUUCACCGGUAAUCACUUCGCCUUCGGCAAAUAAUUAAUUGUUAAUAGUUGAGGACCUGUAUAUGAGUUUGUAUCCAUUUUAUUUAGAAAAGAUAAUCUCAACUGUUUUGGGGCAAGUUGACCAUGACGGUCAACAUGGUAAUACUGCCCGAACCCCAAUCCGGGGCGAAACGUCCGAAACUGACCACACCCAAAAACGACGCUUUCACCAUACUCCUAUCUACCAAACCAUAAAAGCUUUGGCUAUUCUGAGGUGCUUAUAUGGUUCAGACAUGGUACUUUUAGGGGUGGUCAUUGGUAAGUGUGAAAUGCCUAGCACUGAUAUUUCACAAGAAAAUGACCAUGCAAUACUCAUAGUCAAACGUCAAUUUGUGACUUACAAAUUCAGAUAAACAGCAGUGGACCUACAUUACCUUUUUUCCUAAAUCUUUUUUUAUAGAAACAUAAUUGGUACUUAUUUAUGUAUAUUAUCACUGCUUUGGUGUAAAAUAGUUGAUACUUUGUGACCGAAAUAAUAAUUCUAUAUCUACCUACCUCCUGCAAGUGGACAUAUUUAGCCAAAUUCUCCACUUUACUCCGCUGUUUAUCGCCGAUCUCGUUGAAAUCCUUCCAAAUAUGUACGUCAGCUCAGAUAUAAUGGUAUAUCAAGCACAUUUUAAAUAAGUUUUAACUUGGUUUCAAGUAGAUCAUAGCUGUUUAACCAUCGACAAGGUAAAACCUCAACUUUGUCCAAAUUCGGCGCCAUUUUGUCAUCCCAUGUCGGUGUCAACAAUUCGACCUUGUUAUUCUUCCAUCCAAGCCAUUUCCAUUGCACUAAUAACAAAUUUAACCCUUUAUGAGGGUACGUAGAAAACUGAAAAAUUUAAACAAAAUAUAAGAAAUGCAGCAUUUUAUCACCCUGUAAAAUGUAGCCUGCGUGCAGGCCCAAGGGAACUGAUAGUGGGCCUGCAAUCAUCACCCCAUGUUUUCGAUUUUCGCCGGCCGAACCGCCGGCUAAAUUCCCAUCUGCUAGCUGAGGCGAUCGGUAAUUAAUUAACCUAGCCCGCGUGAAGGCCCAAGGGAACAGUGAUUCAUCACAAAGGCAUAGACAAAGGCUCUCGAUAAGUUUAAAAUUUGAAAAUUGAUCACUUUUUUCGAUUACAAAUGGAACAAGAACAGACUGUUUAUUGUUUACUUGAAGGAAGACAUGUUUUUGCCGUUAUUGCCAAAGGGGAUUGCUUGUCGUGAGGUGUUGGAAUAGCAAAUUACGACUGGGGUAAACUAUAGUAACCUUUACUUGAGUUUCAUUAAUUUCAAACAGACUUCAGUUGAUACGUUAUGUGUUCUCACUUCCUCAAGAAAAUUAUCUUUUUGAUGUUGAGAUCCAGUUGCAUGUAAGGACUGUAAGCCUAUUCGAAACACUGUGCGAUUUACAAGGCUUCGCUGAGAGAGCGAAACAGAAGGCGGUAUUAAAUUGCCGUUUGAAACGAAACGAUCUGGACUCGGAACGCUCUCUUCUUUUGUAGAGUUCUUUACCAAAUGAAAUAAAUUUCGUACUUUCCGCCGCCAACAAGAAUUGCACACACGAUCUGAUAAGUGAGACAAUUUAUUUAUAACAAUGCCAAUGGCGACAGCGAAGCACACAUAAUAUAAAUCCUAAUGUGGUCGCACGACUUCCCUCAUGACUUGAAGUUUGAGACUGGUUUUCUGUUGAAAUUCGUCCUAAUUUGCCUGUUCCGAUUUUAGUUGAAAAUGAGCACUUGCAAAUUUGGCAAUUACUGACUGCGUUGCUUGCUUUUUGGAGUUAAAACGCUGCCAUUUACACAUUGCUUAUGUUCUGAAUAAGCAGAGAAAACCCCGCAACGUUUUAAUGCGAGUUUGUUUGUUAAUAUUUGGGUGCUGUCAUUGGUUCUUUUUUGACAAUUGACGCGCGAAUGGGGCGUGUUAUGAAAAGGGGCGUUUUACAAAAUACCGGGCGAUGGUUGCAGGCCCACUAUCAGUUCCCUUGGGCCUGCACGCAGGCUAUGUAAAAUGUUGCUCACGAGUCUUUCAAAACAUUCCGUACAAAUCUCGCGUGACAAAGUAACAGGGACGUGACAGGGGGGUGAAUUAUUUCACGAAGGUAGAAGAAGGCUGCGUGAAAUAGACUAAAAGCUAAAUACAAUCAUACAAACGUUUGUUUUAUUUCUUUUAGCGACAAAUAAAUACAUAUUAUAUGAACAUGUCAUACUAUAUAAAUUAAAUGUUGAUUGUUGGUCUUACCAUACUGCAGUUGCUAUUACAGCGUGCCUUUGCUUUGCUUAAAACUUCAAAGUCUCUACCUGUCUCGUCCCUGUUACUUUGCCACGCGAGAUUUGUACGGAAUGCUUUGAAAGACUCGUGAGCAACAUUUUACAGGGUGAUAAAAUGCUGCAUUUCCUACACUCCGUUUAGAUUUUUCAGUUUCCUCCCCUUAUAAAGGGUUAAAUUUGUUAUUAGUGCAAUGGAAAUGGCUUGGAUGGAAGAGUAACAAGGUCGAAUUGUUGACACCGACAUGGGAUGACAAAAUGGCGCCGAAUUUGGACAAAGUUGUGGUUUUACCUUGUCGAUGGUUAAACAGCUAGGAUGUACUUGAAUCCAAGUUAAAACUUAUUUAAAAUGUGCUUGAUACCAUUAUAUCUGAGCUGACGUAUAAACAUAAUUGGAAGGAUUUCAACGACAUCGGCGAUAAACAGCGGAGAAAAGUGGAGAAUUUGGCCAAAUACGUCCAUUUCAAAUUAUUAUUUCGGUCACAAAGUAUCAACUAUUUUACACCAAAGCAGUGAUAAUAUACAUAAAUAAGUACAAAUUAUGUUUCUAUAAAAAAGAUUUAGGAAAAAAGGUAAUGUAGGUCCACUGCUGUUUAUCUGAGUCACAAAUUGACGUUUGACUAUGAGUAUUUAUGAGUAUUGCAUGGUCAUUUUCUUGUGAAAUAUCAGUGCUAGGCAUUUCACACUUACCAAUGACCACCCCUAAAAGUACCAUCUCUGAACCAUAUAAGCACCUCAGAAUAGCCAAAGCUUUUAUGGUUUGGUAGAUAGCAGUAUGGCGAAAGCGUCGUUUUUGGGUGUGGUCAGUUUCGGAUGUUUCGCCCCGAAUUGGUGUUCGGACAGCGUUACCAUGUCGACCGUCAUGGUUAACUUGCCCUAAAACAGUUGAGAUUAUCUGUCCUAAAUGAAAUGCAUACAAACUCAUAUACAGGUCCUAGACUAUAAUUAAUUUCUACUUUUGAAAUUAUUCAAAAUCAAAAUUUCCUUCAAAUUUCUACAAAGGAAUUUUCCUAUCUAAUUUAAAAAGCGAAAAACCGGUAUACCGAUAAUAUCGGUAUAAUUUUUUCGGUAUACCGAUACCGGAAAAUUCUCAUACCAAACAUUCCUAAUGGACAAAACCUUUUUAUUGCCACUUAAAGGGUUAAACUGGCUUUGAACUAACUAUUAACUAGUAAAUUUAAUCAAACUUAUAAAUGCCAGUUUAAGUUGUGUGUUACACAUUGUAACAUGUGCAUUAAUAGUUUGUUAUACUUUCUAUAGUUUAACACACCCUGAUAAAUAUCUCGAGUUAUUGUUCUAAUAGAGAUAAUAUAAUUUUAAAGCAAAAAUCUGCAAGGGAAACAAUAGUUCUGGCUCUUGAUUGACUUGUACUCUACUCUUUACAGUAUUGAAAAAUUUAUACAAAUGUUGGGGGGGGGUUGGAGGUUAUAAAUUUUUCAGCAUUUUAUAGGGAGGGUAGCGGAGUACCAACUUGCAGGGUGUCUGCAAUAAGCUUUCUCUUUCCUGCUUAGAUUAUUGUCCAUUUGACCCGUGAGGAAAUUCAGAAUGAAAAUUUAAUGGGCCAUGUGGAGGAUCAUAUCCAUUUAGAACGUGUGACCAAUGGCAUUACGUCCGUUGAUCAACUCGCCGACAGUCUUCACACAGUACUGCAAUUAAACAACAACCGUGCAAGAUCUAUGAGAAUUAAUCGGAGACAAGUAGAGCCACUCACUCCCCUGGCGAGACAGAUAUCUUCCAUGCAUACGUUGCCUGAAGCAGCUGCUGCAAUCCAGAAUGUGUUGCAAAUUGAAAAUGCACGACCAGAAGAGGGUAUAGCUGUUAUGAGAGAUUUAGACGAGGCUGCAUCACGUCGGUGCCUGAGGCUGAUUAUUCGAUCAUCGGCUCGAGAACCUGUUGUCAUUGAAACGGUAUAAUAUGGCAUGACAGCUAUACUGUUCGUCUCCUAACGCUCCUGUUUUGUGAGCUGGGUUGUUUAUAUGGAAAAAUAUCGGGAUUUUUGGCAUCUACACUCGAUAUAACUAUUUCGAAUGCGAAUUUUAUAUAGACCUGACCUGGAGCAGUUGCGAAAAGUGCAUCUAUAUGCCCUCUUGCAGGGGGGCAGGUUUGAUUCCUGAGGGCCUAUUGUUGCAUUUUUCACAACUGCUCGUGGUUCAGUCUAAUUCAUGUAUAAAAUUCACAGUCCAAAUCUUCUAGAAUUGUUUACAGUAUAUAGAAGUCGGUUGCCGAGAUCGUAUUUAAAACAGGCGAGGUCUCGGCUGCCAAGUUGAAAAUUUACCCAUAUUAUAUUACCUCAACAACCAGGCUGGCUCGGUUGCGGGAAUGAAGGUACAAAGGGAAACCGUCGCGCGCGCAUGCUUGUUAGGCCCAGCCCACACGUAUUUAAUAAUUUAAUGAAUUGGUUGUCGACGAUGACGGAAGAAGUGGUUGCCCAAUCUUCCGAGCCAGCUAUUCUAUAAGAUAGAAUAACUACACAGUAAAACGUUAUACAAUGAAAUCUAAGAUAAUAUUGACAAUGAGAAAAUGAAAUUUACGACAGAUACCUUGUACAUCUAUUUAUAUUGUCGUCAAGUGGCAAAAAAUUCGGCAUCUUUUUGUUUAUAACGUUUUCUGGAAGCUUAUUUUCCGAUCGAAAUCUCCAUCUACAAAACCCCUUCAAAUGUUAGUUCUAUUGCGCAAGAUGCCUAAAAUCUUGAUAUUUACUCACACCUUAUGCCCGUUCUCCACUAGGCGAAUUUUUUCGCGCGACGCGAAGCGAAAAACAAAUCUUGGCAAUGUGAUUGGUCAGCGAAAAAAUUCGCCGCGAAAAAGUUGGAUCAGUUCCUACUUUUUUACUGUUCGCGCGAACAAAUUCGCCUAGUGGAGAACGGGCGUUAUGCUGGCUUCUCCAGUAUAUAUUUGUACAACACUUGUGAAUAAUGCUCGUCAGCUGCACUCUAUAGCUCAGUUGGUUAGAAGUAGAUGAUAGGCCCCAUAUAGCGAGGGAAGUGACGUCAUAACGUGUGGGUAACGGUGUACCUACAGUACGUACGAUACGUCCAGUACGUACAGUGUGAACAUUCUUUUUUUAUCUGACGUCAUACAGUGCACGUACAUUACGUACAAUUGAAAUAUUUGUUUAUAUCUCUUGAAAAUUUAUUCGUAUUCUUUUGUAAAUAUGGUGGUUCUUAAUUUUAAAAGAACCGUCGAUAGGGAGAUACAUGGGGUUUAACGAAUACAAAUUGUACUGACCUGGAGCUAAAUAAUGUUGCUAGGACACCGCUUAACGUGCAUAAAUUAACACACAGAUUAACGUUAUAAACCAUUAAACUAAAGUAUAAGAAUUUAACAUAACUAAAUAUGCUGUCGGGAUUUUACACUUACAAUGUGCUCACAUGGCCCGAUUAAAGCCGAACUAUUACGUAUAGAUUUUGUUAGAUUUUCAAAAUCAUGUCGGGUACAAUUUUGUGCGGUGAACGUAUGAGCACAUGCUAAUAAUUGCUCAUGAGCACAUGCUCAUCUGCUCAUAAGGCCCGUUUAGGCCCGAAGACUGGGUUUACAGUCUCGUUCGUGGAAACCACUGCAAAAAAUUAUUAGUACACAAAUGUAUAUAUUUUCGCGUGUUUUUGCCAUUUUGAUUUGUACCGAGCGACCCAUGGCCAUGUAAAAAUGACAGGAAAAGCAAUUUAUUUAAUGACAAAGUUACAUGCUAUGUCUAUACUGGUAUGUUUUUACAUGCUAAUACUGUUCAAAUCAUGAUCAUCAUUCUCUUCAUCAAAAUUGUAACCCUUGCCUUCUUAUAAGAGGUCGAUGUGUCAGGUCGAUGAGAGGUCGAUGUAGGGUCGAUUCUCUGGGGUUCUGUAAGACUUCUGUAGGCGUUCCCUUGUAAACACCAGUGCGUAACGGAACUUAUGAGCACCUGCUCAGAGCAACUCACGAGCAGGCAUAAAGGUGCAAUGUUUCUCAAUAACAAGGCAUUUCUGCACAGUCAGUACUAACGGAAUGAGCUGCCAAUUUUGCUGAAAGCAAUUUAACCGUGGUUGCAAUCUACGAAGACACGAAAAGGAAUACUGUCCACCACGCGAACAAGAAAGAAACAUGUCUCAAAUAGACUCGGAGACAUUUAGACCCAGGAAAGGGAUUUCCAAGACGAUGUUUCGACAACUUAAACUCAUCGGUCUGAAAUUUCGAUUGAUAAUGAAGCUGAAGAUGAAAUGUACCCUUGAAUACUGUUGUCUGUUGAUAGACGAAGCAAAGCAAAUAAGUAAUAUAGCUUUUGAGGAAAUGAAAGAAAGCCUUAUCAACAGUAGGCUAGAUGAGCAAUCCUCUAAGGACAAAGCUAACUCUAAUAUUCUGCCUAAACUCCAGAAGGAACUGGAAAAUAUUUAUAAUGGAGCGUCUCUCGUGGAUGAGACAACUAAAGAAAGAUCCAAUACAUAAGAAGAUAAUGUACACAAAAGAUUAGCUUGUGGAAAACGAUGAUUUUGAUCCAGAAGCAGCUGUUAAUAAGACAUGCAGUUUCUUAUAAAAAGGCUUUUGAAGGGUUACAAUUUUGAUGAAGAAAAAUACCAGUAUAGACACAGCAUGAACCUUCGUCAUUAAAAUAAAUUGCUUUUCCUGUCUUCUUGUCAUUUUUACAUGGGUCGGCCGGGUACAAAUCAAAAUGGCAAAAACACGCGAAAAUAGUGUAUACAUUUGUGUACUAAUCAUUUUUUUGCAGUGGCUUCCACUAACGAAGAAUGUACACCCAGUCUUGGGGUCUUAUGAGCAGAUCUGAGCAUAUGCUCAUGAGCAGGUGCUAAUACGCUCAUGCAGGAUGAGCAGAUGAGCACGUGCUCAUGGCAGUUAUGAGCAUGUGCUCAUACGCUCAUGCUCAUCGCACAAAAUUGUACCCAACAUGAUUUUGAAAUCUAACAAAAUCUAUAUGUAGUAGUUCGGAUUUAAACGGGCCUUAUGAGCAAAUGUGUGGACAGUGUAAAAGCCGGACAGCAAGUUUAGUUAUGUAAAGUUGUUAUACUUUAGUAAUAAAUGGUUUAUAACGUUAAUCUGUGUGUUAAUUUAUGCAAGCAAAGCGGUGUCUUAGCAACAUCAUUUAGUUCCAAGUCAGUACGAUUUCGUGUUCGUUAAACCACGUUUAUCUCCCUUUUGAUAUUUUUGUACUUACUGCGCGUAACUGAAAAAGGCAAUUCUUUUCUACUAAAUACAAAAUUUACAUGGAUAAACAACUUUUUUCAGACGAUAAAACACGAUGUACCGUACGUACUGUAUAGGUACACCGUACUCACACGUUAUGACGUCACUUCCCUCGCUAUAUGGGGGGGGAGGGGGCUAUACUCUUCUAGAUGCGUUAGAGCGCUGCACCGGAAUCGCAGGACCACUGGUUCAGAGGGCCUAUAGUUGCACUUUUCGCUCACUAAUUGUGUUUCGAAUGUAUACUACUCCAAAAUAUCAAGAUCAAGGCACAAUUUAGUAAACCUUGAGGAUAACGUUAUGUAUUUGUUCUGCAUACAACAUUUAUGGGUUAUAUGCAGAAGAAAUAUACAAAAAUAUUUGAUGUUUCACUUGCGUGACGCCAAUCAGCAAAAUGCGCAUGCCCGUCCACAUCAUUCAACCAGAUUCUACGUCCCACAAGUGUAAAGACCGUUUUCCACUUCGCCCGUAUCGUAACGUAACGUACCGGUGAGCAUCCGAAGCCUGAAGAUGGGUUUCAAAUUUACGUACUUCCGGUUGAUUCGCGUAUCAAAAUAAAACGUUUCUCGCAAGUCAACAUUUUAUCGUACUAUGGAAGUGUUAACCAAUCAACAUUCACUAAAUUUUGAAAUUUAAAAUUUGUUUUGAUGCGUGUCGGUACGUUACGCUUGAAGUGGAAAACAGCCUUAAAGGCCGUUUUCCACUUCGAGCGUAUCGUACCGUAACGUAGCGAAAACGUUUUUAAAUUUCAAAAUUUCGUGAAUGUUGAUUGGGUAGUACUUCCGUAGUACGCCAAAAAGUUGACUUGCGACGAACUUUUUAUUUUGAUACGCGAAUACACCCGGAAGUACGUGGAUUUAUAAACCUCUUUUCAAUCUGCGCAUGCUCAUCGAUACAUUACGGUACGAUACGCGCGAAGUGGAAAACAGCCUUAAGAGUUGGUUCGGGAACAAAACCUCACCAAUCGUGCUAUAAGUCGGUUAAACACCUCGAACACCAACUUUAAGCCAAAUAAAUCCCUUCGGCCCUCGGGAUUUAUCUGGCUUAAAGCCUCAGGUGUUGGUGCUUAACCUACUAUAUAUACUUUAAAAUUCGCCAAUAUAUGAAAGGCCAAAAGUAGCGCAUUUUUGCGAAUUAAGUUGUGUAUGAUGCAUAAAUUAUACAAUCAGCUAAUUACCGAUUCAUUUUUUAUCAUUCUCCAUGCAUACUAUCUUAAUUUUUGAGAUAUUAAUGAUAGCGUGGAAAACGUGUAGUUAUACAUAUUGCCAUGAUAGGUAAAGCCUGAAAUUAAAAAUACACAGGAGUAACAAAAAUGAAUGUUGGCAUUAAAAUAGACAAAUGCCAUAACGUUGUUUACAUCGUUGCAUGCUGUCCAAUUCAUAAACGGGGAGGAGGGUGGGGAAAAACUUGACUUUAAGAUACAGACGACUUUGCGCUACCAAAGCGAAGAGCAGAAUGAACCAGAUGCGCAUUCUGCUAUAGAUAUGUAUCACCUCUCCCUUCCGUUUUCCUGCAC